GCUCAUUAAAACAGUAUAAAGCCCGAACCCGGUAACGUGCGAAAGGCUCCGUGCAAAAUAUUUGAUUUAUUACAAAGGAUUAUUUAGUUUGGCAUUGCUAUUGUCCGUGACAAGAUCAUUGUCAGAGACAAACAUCAGGACGCGUAUAAAAGCGCGCACGCUCAUUUAUCUCCGGCCAUAGUGCGUUGUAGAGGGGUUCGAAUCAGUGAGCGUACUCAUCUGUCAUGGAGGCCUGGAACAGACCCGCGACUCCCUUGAGCAUCAGCCAAGAAGUGCUACGGAGUGUUCUUUAUGGGAAAUGGUGUAAUGUUUUUGGAGGGCAGAAGGAGUUAACCUUCAAGUCCAGUAUUUUGGAAAAACUAGACUACGCCUCAGACGAAGAAAUUGAGCAAAUGCCAAUACCCGAAAAUCUUAAAAGACUCGAGUCCCCGACAAUGCUGCCAAACAUUAUGAACGAGAACGUGAGAUCCAAACAGCUCUGUGUGGACGCGGAUUCGUACUACAUGGCUUUCGUGUCGCUCCCAGAACAAGUGACGAUAGCGCCGAGCUCGAUUCCCGGCGUGCAGCUAGGAGUGUUUAGUACUUGUUGGAUUAAGGAAGGGACGCAGAUGGGCCCCUACACGGGCAGAAUAGUCAAGCCAGACCAAGUGAACUACGAGAUCGACAAUAAUUUGAUGUGGGAGGUUUUGAAUGAGGAUGGAAGCGUCAGCCAUUUUCUCGACGCGAAAGAAGAAAACCCGAGAAAUUGGAUGGGGUUUGUCAACUGCGCUCGCAACGAACAAGAACAGAAUUUAGAAGUGUUUCAAUACGGCGGGAACAUAUACUACCGGGCUAUCAAGGAUGUCCCACCUGACCAGGAACUCUUAGUAUGGUACGGGGGGACAUAUAUGCAAUUUCUUGGUAUUCCUGGAAUUCCUCCUGUUAAUGACUACCGACGCAGACGAAGAGGGCAGAACGCCGAAGACACACAAUCACCUAUACCUAGAGAGCCCAUUUACAAGUUCACCCCCGAGAAUAAAGGAAAUGUGGUACCAGGACGCUUAAAGUGCACUCUUUGCCGAAGAGGGUUCAACUCAAGAAGCAAUCUCCGAUCUCAUAUGAGAAUUCAUACGAUGGAAAAGCCGUUUCAGUGCAAAUUCUGCAAAAAAUCCUUUAGCCAAUCAUCUACCCUACGCAACCACACGCGCCUUCACACGGGCGAGAAACCAUACAAGUGCACUGUCUGUCAUUUUGCUUACUCGCAAUUGGCCGGAUUGCGCGCUCAUCAAAAGUCGGCGCGUCACAGACCUACAACCGAACUAUCCUUAGAUCAGAAAUCCCAGGACGAUUUUUCCGAGACGCACUCGAGAGAUUCGAGUGGGAUGGAUUCACCAGUGCAUUGUUAAAUGCGUUAUUGAACAAUUAAAAUUCUAGAUAUGAACGCGAGCGCAAAGUUAAUUUUGGGCUGCGGUCAGUUUGGUAAAAAGGGGUGAUUUACCAUGGUUAGAGCCCCAAAAAAUCCAAUCAAAGUUUUGCUGAUUUGAAAUGAGAAAUUGUUUGAAGCAUACGCUUGCAAACAUUACUUGUAUAGAACAAUAUUUUGCUGAUAUAAAAUAAUGUAAAUAGUUUGUACAGUCGCGACAUAUUAAAAGAAAAUACACCGAAA